AUGGCACAAGAAACACCCAUAUGCGUGCACAUCUCUAAAGAGUGCCCGAUUGAAUACACUGUGUAUGGUUAUCGCCCGAGCCUUUGGGUCAACAUUCUACUGGUAUCGCUUUUCACCAUCGCCCUUUUCGCCAACAUCUGGCUCGGAAUCCGCUUCCGCAUCCGUGCCUAUGCCAUCGUCCUCGCGUUGGCCUCCUUGGCUCAAAUCGUAGGCUACGGCGCAAGGAUCGGAAUGUACUUCCUACCCUUCAACGCCAUUCCCUUCCAAGCCCAGGUCUGCUGCCUCAUCAUUGGCCCAGCUUUCAACAGCGCGGCUGUGUAUCUCAUGCUCAAAUACAUCGUUACACUAUUCGGCCCCGAGUGGUCCCUGCUGAAGCCGAAGCUGUACACUAUCAUCUUCAUCGGCGCGGACGUUGUGUCAUUAGUCCUGCAGGCUGCAGGGGGUGGAAUCGCAGCGACCACGGCUAUUGGCGACGAUGAUAUGCUGAAUCUCGGAAACAACAUCAUGAUGGCUGGCAUCGCCUUUCAGGUGGUUACCUUAUCUGUGUUUGCAUUGCUGGCCACAGCAUUCUGCAUUAGGCGUGUGCGAGCUGUCAAGUUUAACCCCCUGAAUGGCAAUGCACUCAAAACCUGGCAAGGUCCACGGUUCCGUUGGUUUAUCUGUGGUCUGUUUACAGCAUUUUUGACGAUCUACGUUCGAUGUGUAUAUCGAAUCGCUGAGAUGAGAGGUGGAUGGGGUAACAAACUAAUGAAGGAACAAAUUCCUUUCAUUCUUCUUGAGGGACUUAUGAUUCUUAUUGCAACAUUGUCACAGACUAUCCUGCACCCGGGGCCUUUCUUCCCUGCUUUCACGAAUAAGGAGUGUCGGCUUGAUAUACUAGUGGAUGUCAUGCAGUAG